AAGUAGCAAGUAGUGAAGUUGUCGAAAAUUAGGCGCUGAAGAUGCGCAGGCAGUGAUGCUGAACCCUGAGUAGUGCGGUAAAGCUACUAGUUCAUGGGGUUAGAGUUUGCAAGAGAAAUAUAUAGCGACUUCUGUACUUCGGCGCUACUAGUAGUAUUUUAACAAGAGUACAGAUACCUUCCACAAUUCGGCAUUCGCUGCAGUUCAUCAUGCAGUGACUUGUAGUUCAACAAAAGCGCUUAUUACGAGACAACCAUGACUGAUGCUCAUGCUGCUUCGUCUUCAGCAGCUGAAGUGAUUAUGAUGACACCCGAGGAAAAGGCGGGUACCACGAAAGGGAGUGACGACAGCGACGCAACUGCAAACGGGAAUCCUCGCAAAAACUUCAAGGUGAGGCUAGAUGAAGUAGCGAAAGUCUUUGACUUGCCGGCUUUGGAUCUUGGCAAAACGACAACCCUCCCAAGCUACGAUGACUGGAACUAUCGAGUAUUUAGUUCGUCCGCUUCCUCGUCAUUCGUUGUCAAGUGCAUGCAUGCAGAGCAUGUUUCGCGGGACCACGUCAUGCUACAGGUUGAGGCCAUGCGAGAGUUGAAGAGAAACGGCGUCGCAGUACCUGUACCUGUAAGAAAGCGACCAAAUACAGAUGAAAGUCAGAGGAAGCCUAGUGGUGCGGACGACAACGACGUAGAGAACUUCGUUCAUUGCAAUGAGGAAGAUCGAGCGUUAUACCACGUCAUUACGUUUAUCGAUGAUUCAGAUCUCUAUCCCGAAAGAGCUCGCAAGAGCGCGAAGUUUCUAGAGUGCCUUGGUGGUGUAGUGGGCGACAUACAUUGUGCGACGCGCAAUUUCGUAGAGGGUGACGUGGCAGUGUCCUCGGACAAGCGGGCAUGGCGAAAGAAGGUACUUCCACUUACAUAUAAUACUGGCCCCCUGGUGUGGUUCCCCAGGGGAAGGAUACGAUGGGAACCAGAGGCACUUGCUAGACAAAGCACACGCACGGACAUGCUUGAACAGGCGCCACAAUUGAGAAAAAGCCCGAGAAGUGUCAGCCUUGGCGGGGCGUCAUCGGGCGCGUUGCCGCGGGGCGGCGAGCCUUAUUAGUGCGCGCAUGUGCCUCCGGAGGAUAUGUGGACGCCUGGCACGGGUGGAAACGCCUGCGGGCCUAUCCUCGUCAAGAGGAAGGCAUAAGCAGGCACAUGCCACGCCUUGGGAAUUUGUUCGCCGGGGUCUGAGGUAUUCAGAGGCCACGCCGGCCCGCGGGGGUUCAGAGGUGUAGGGCGGUGCCCGUGGGGUGCGGCGCUGCAAGCAGAUGACGCGACUGCACGCAAGCAGGCGACGCGACUGCAUGAGGCCGCCACCUCGCACCAUCGGGCAGCGCGGGCCACGGACUUGGGCGAGAGGAGAGCGUGGCGCCAAAGCUCACCCCCUAGCUGCGUGGGCCCGGGGCUGGGGGGAGAGGAGAGCGGGGCGCCAAAGUACGCCGACGCCUUCACUUUCUGCAUCCGUUUCAUAUCCUAACUUUCAACAUUCAGGCCCUAACCCUCAUAAUUCAGGUCCUAACUUUCAAAAUUUAUGUCCGAACUUUCGGAAUUUAUGUCCUAAUAACUUGCAAAAUUCAUACUCGUGUCGUCCUAACUUUCAAAGUUCAUGCCCUACUUUUCAAAAUUCGUGGCCUACCUUUCAAAAUUCAUGGCCUACCUUUCCAAAUUCAUGGCCUAGCUAACUUCCAAAAUUCAUGGCCUAACUUUCACAAUUUGUGUCCUAACUUUCCAAAUUCAUUCCAUGGCUUAACUUUGGAAGUUCAUGAGUAUAGCAACACGCUGCGCGUUUUUGCGGUGUUGUGGUUGUCUCAGCGUGUCUUGGUCUUCAAAAUUCAAAAUUUAAAACCAAAAUUCAAAAUUGAAAAAUCAAAACCAAGGCAAAACUUUACAAGUAAAGAGCUUUAUCGAUAUAUUACUUGCUCUAAAAAUUCUAAUUUAAGUUUCUAGUUCUAGUUUUACUUACGAGGACAGACUCAGGCUCACUUUGAAUUUGAUAGUGUUUGAUUGAAGUUUCAUACCAUGGUAUUGAUUUUUGUGCUACUUUUUAUGUUCAGAAGUAGGCCUGUUCUUGCUUUAGCUCAUGAUGGUUUGCUCAGGUUUCCACCUUUACGUGGCAGUGGUCGACGUCAACAAUUCCGGUUGAAGUUCAAAAGCUGUACAAGUUUGUGGCUGACAAUUCGGAGCGUCUCUCCGAACUUCAGCAGCUGUGUGCGCGCGUGGCUGACGUGCUUCCUGUGACCGAGGAGAAAGUUGAGAAAUGGGUCGCUGAAGAGGAAAAGCUUCACGACGAGACUUCCCCGGGAACAGCAGCUCAGCUUGCGAGGUUUCUCUUUCGCCGACAGUGGACGCACACCGACGUAAACGAUACGAAUUUGUUAUUCAAGAAGUUGGAUUUUGAGAAGGAUGAAUGGGAGUGCAGCGCAGUUCUAGAUUUUGGCGACUCAUGCUGGGACUACGCCCUGUACGAUGUUGGUAUUUGUGCUGGCUACGCGUGUAUGCACAACGAGGAUCAGCUUGCGGACGUGAUUGCCGGUGUGUGUCGAGGGUACAGGAAGGCGCUCUUAGCCAAAAAGCUAAACGUUGAAACUUCCAGUACUAUUAAUGAAAAUUUAACAUCGACGAACACGAACAUGUUGAUGUCACUCGAUGAGACUGUUUUCAAGCGAUGGCCACGCUCGUGCGUGCGAGUCGUGUAUAUAGCAGCACUCGCGAGAAAGUUGCUAAGCUACGCUUGCGCUCUUGAGCAGAUCGCGUUACAGCCAGGAAACGAAUAUGUAGCCCAUACCGCAGAGCCCACCCGGCGGGCCGCGCUAGGACACCUAGACAUUUGGAAGACUGUAGAUGAAGCUGUAGAUGCAAUCAUGUCGAAAAUAUGAUCUCAUCGAGAUUGACUCCACCACCGUUUUCGCUCUGCUCUUGCUCUUCAGAAGUUCUAUCCAUGACAAUAUGUAACCCUAACGCACGCACGGCGUUUUCAUCUGGUCUCAUUCAUGAUUUUCAAGUGGUAUUCACGCAAAGUGUGUAAAUGAAGGUAUAUCUUCUAGCAAAAUCUUUAU